AAAAACACUGACGUUGUUGUUUUAGAUAUAAAAUUUUCAUUUUUCGUUGUGUUGUAUUUAUUGUUGAUAAAACAUAAGCUAUUAAUUAAUAUUAGAGUGAUUCACACCCACAAAAACUGGACAUUAAAAGGUUUCUUUUUUGUAACCAACGAUUAUGGCAGCGGAAAUUAAACCUUCUCCAAAGCGAAAUGAACGAUUCAGUACAAAAAAACCGGAGUUAUUAAGUAAAUUAGAAGGGAGUAGUGACGAUAUAAAUGCAGCAAUACUGGUGCCCGGUGAAAAUGGCGUUAUAAGUGUGUCAGAUGAUAAAACUAUUCGUGUUUGGGUUAAACGUGAUUCUGGUCAAUAUUGGCCUAGCAUCUGUCAAUGCAUGCCAUCAGGAUGUACAUGUAUUUGUUAUGUUCAGGACACAAGACAGUUAUAUGUUGGGCAGGAGAACGGCACUAUUACAGAGUAUAUUUUAUCAGAGGAUUGUAAUAGCCUUUUAUUUGUUCGAGAUUAUUUAGCUCACCAAGCUCGCGUUGUAGCCGUAGUACAUUCUAAAGUUCAUAAUUGGAUAUUGUCAUGUAGCAAAGACAAGCUAUUUGCUUAUCAUUGCACGGAAACUGCAAAACGUAUAGGAACAUACAAUUUUGAAACAGCGUGUACGGCUUUGCAGUUUGAUGCAUUGGCCAAAUAUGCCUUUAUUGGUGAUAAUGCUGGGCAAAUCACAAUGCUUCGCUGUGAUAUCCAAGGGACUCAGUUGUGUUCAACAUUAAAAGGGCAUACUGCAAGUAUUCGUUGUCUCAAGUGGGUUGAAGGACCUCAAUUACUUUUUAGUGGUGCUUGCGAUCAUUCCGUUAUCGUAUGGGAUGUUGGUGGAAAAAAGGGUAUAACGUAUGAAUUGCAAGGACAUAAAAAUAAAGUAUCAUCAUUGGCUUACGCUAACCAUACUCAGCAAUUAAUUAGUUCUGGUGAAGACAAUGUUGUUGUAUUUUGGGAAAUGAAUGCUAUGCGAAAAGAAGUUUCUCCAUGGGUUGAAAAUAAUAAUUGCCAAAUAUGUUCGCGUCCGUUUUUCUGGAAUUUUCGUUCGAUGAUGGAUCAAAAACAAAUUGACGACCAUCAUUGGCUUCUUUUCAUGAUGCUAAGCAUUCAAUUGUGUAUAUGGAUUUGGAGGAAGAACGUAAAAUUUUGCUUACGGUCGGACAAGAUCGUGUUAUUAAAGUUUGGGACUUAUCUACAAUAUGGGUUUAACUAAAAUGAAAUAUAUAAAUAAUGUUAGAUACAUAAGAAAUAAUAUGUAACUGAAUAUAAAUAAAAUAUGAUUAAGAUUUUUUUGUUUGAA